UCUUCUCUUUUUGGUCAUACUUGAUGAUAAUUCAGAUAAAAUGGAAACAGCUGUGACUCAUUUCAUCCUGCUGGCAGUCAUCUCAGGUUUAACCAAAGGAAGUGGUGUGUUGCCAGAUGAACUGACUGCAGCUGUUGGAGGGGAAGUGAUGUUCACCACAACAGUGACUCCACCAGAAACACCAUUUCUUUUUGUGAACUGGACUUUUGUUUUAAACACUAUAGAAAGACCUAUAAUAACCUCCUUCAGUUCUUCAAACAACAUUGGACCAGAGUAUGAAGGCAGGAUCAUCCUCUACAGAUCUACUGGAUCUCUGAAGCUGAUGGAUCUGACUCUUAAUGACAUUGGAGAGUACAGAGUUAACAUUAUAACAGAUGGAGGACACACGAUAACAGGAUUCACUGAACUGAAAAUACUUGAGCCAGUCUCCAAUGUAAAGGUAACUGCAAACAGCACAGACUUGAUGGAGUUCAGCUCUGUCAGACUGUCCUGUUCUUUUUCUGGAUCCUCUCCUUCUUUCCUCUGGCUGAACGGCAGCUCUGAGGUUACAGCCAGUGAGAGGGUUCAGUUCACUGAUGGAGGCCGUACUCUUACUAUCAUCAAUGUGACCCGCUAUGACCAGAGGCCAUUGGUCUGUAGAGUGUCCAAUGCUCUCAAUGGUAGCACCAGUAAUCCAGUAAAUCUUUACAUCAACUAUGGCCCAGAAAACACUCGUUUGAAGUUAUCUCCAUCUCAAGACCACUAUGUGCAAGGGUCAACCAUCAGCUUGUCUUGCUCAGCUGUCUCCAGACCUUCUGCUCAGUUUCGGUGGUUUUUGAAUGGAAACCUGCUGUCUGGUUCUGGACCAAAGCUCACACUGAUGAAUAUUCAGGGGAGUCAGAGUGGGAACUACAGCUGUAGGGCCUUUAACAGCAAAACUUGGAGAUAUCAAAUAUCUCUGCCUUCAGCUAUAACUGUACUGGCACAAGUCUCCAAUGUAAAGGUAAAUGCCAGCAGCACAGACUUGGUGGAGUUCAGCUCUGUCAGUCUAUCCUGCUCUUCUUCUGGAUCCUCUCCUUCUUUCCUCUGGAUGAACGGCAGCUCUGAAGUUACAGCCAGUGAGAGAGUUCAGCUCACUGAUGGAGGCCGUACUCUCACUAUCAUCAAUGUGACCCGCUAUGAUCAGGGACCGUUCAGAUGUCAUGUGUUUAAUCUUGUCAGUGAUGGCACCAGCGAUCCAGUAGAAAUCUCCAUCAGCUUUGGCCCAGAAAACAUCAUUGUGAAACUAUCUCCAUCACAAGAACACCAUGUGGAAGGGUCAACUAUCAGACUGUCCUGUUCAGCUGCCUCUAGACCCCCUGUUGAGUAUCAGUGGUUUCUGAAUGGAAACUUGCUGUCUAAUACUGGACCAGAACUCACACUGAUGAAUAUUCAGAUGAGUCAGAGUGGGAACUACAGCUGUCGGGCCUUUAACUACAAAAUUAUGAGAUAUCAAACAUCUCAGCCUUCAGCUAUAACUGUACUGGAGAGAGUAUCUGAUGCCUCUAUCGUAUCUUCAACACAGCUGAUUGAGGGAAACUCUGUUAACCUGACCUGUGAUGGUGCUGGCUCCAUCUUUACCAGAGAGUGGAUGAAGGACGGCUCACCACUGAUUCAGACUGACAACAUGAUACUUUACAACACAAACAGAGUGUUGUCUUUUCUCUCUCUGAAGAAAACAGACAGUGGAGAAUAUUUGUGUAAAAUCAGCAACCCUGUCAGCAAUGAUGAAGCUAAUUACAGCAUGAUUGUUAACUGUUACUUAGGUAUGUGUGUGAGUGAAGGUAUCUUACCUCCAGGACCUCUGAGUGGAGCUGUGGCGCGCACAGUCACGUUCACUACCACCCUCAGACCUCCUGAUAGUCCAUUUGUCUCUGUAAGCUGGAGCUUCAGAGGGGUGAACAUCAUCACCUCCUCAAACUCCGACAUCAUUGGGACCGGAUACACCAACAGGAUCUCAUUAGAUCGAGCUACGGGGGCCCUGGAGCUCGGCAACCUCGUGCCGGAGGACAGCGGGUUGUACAAAGUCACCAUCAUACCAGAAGGAGAACCACAGAAACAGGGAGAGACCACACUGAAUGUGUAUGAACUGAUAACAGACGCCGCCAUUAGCAGCCCCGCAGCCAUCCUCAUAGAAGAGAAAAGCUCCACCAACCUCACCUGCAAGGCCUCCGGCUCCAUCAGCACAAGAGUGUGGAUAAAAGACAGCCGUCCUCUCCAUCCCAGUGACAGAGUCAGCUUCUCAGUGGACAACAGAACAGUGUUCAUACAACCUGUUCACAGCUCCAACCACGGCAUCUACCAGUGUCUAGUCAGCAACCCAGUCAGCACCAUGACUGCAGCCCAUAACCUCACUGUCAACUUUGGACCACAUAACAUAUCAAUUAUUGGACCAUCAGCGGCUCCACCUGGCCAGAAAGUGACACUGAAAUGUACAGCAGCCUCUGUCCCACCAGCAAUCUUCAGCUGGAUGUUGAACGGCAAUGAGACACAUGUUAAUAACUCCUUGUAUAUCAUAGAGAGGUUGGAGGCAAAAAAUACAGGAAACUACACCUGCACUGCCAGAAAUAUGGUGACCUUGCAGGAAAACUCCACAGUUUUGAAUCUGAGAGGUCGGGACCCCUUGGAGACUCCUCCAAGGCCACUGGAGGUAUCUGGACCGAAUUUUGUGAACCACUGCUGUAUGGAGGACACCAUCAUCAUUUGA